CACAGUUCCCCUGAACAAUAGCGGAUAACCAAACCGGACACAGCCCCGAGAUGAAAAUAUUCGCUUUGACCCUUCUGAGCCUGCUGGCUUUGAGCCAGGCACGCAUGGACUACAAGCUGCAGUGCGCCCGCAGUGAGAUCAGCAUCCGCUGGCCCAGCUACUACAGCAACUCGGAGUACUAUGUGUGCCAGACCGUCAACGGAAGCCAGCUGACGGUCCACUGUCCCGCCGGCGAGGUCUUCACCUUCGUCCUGCAGCAGUGCAUGUCCCCCUCCCACUACAUCCCGGCCCCGCCCAUGGAUGCCCUGCCAACCGCUGCUCCCAUUACCGUGAUGGCUCUCGAGGAUUCGCCACCAGUGAUCUCCGAACACUCUCAGCAGGAGCACGAGACCCCGGAGCACCACGAGCACCACGAACACCAGGAGCACCAGGAAGACCACCAUGAGCACCACGAGGAGGAGGUUGAGGCCCACCCCAUUCCACCCACCCCUGCUCCUGAGCCACCAACCCCACCCACCGUCGCCGUAGCGCCAGUGCCCCAAAAGUCGAAGAAGCCCUCGGUCCCUGUGCCCGCCAAGAAGCCCACCGUGCCAUCCAAGGCCGCCAUGGCCAAGAAGCCCACUGCUUCCCCGAAGAAGCCAGCUGCUCCCACUCCCGCCAAGGCCGCCAAGAAGCCAACGCCACCCAGCAAGGCCCAGAAGAAGCCAGCCUCCGCCUAAAGCCAAUCCAAUCCCGACCAGAAUCGCCAGUUCAAUGUCCAUUUUUCAGCAAGCGGAAUUUCAUUCACUACUCUAAAUAGCAACCUAAAGUAAAUAAAUAUCUAGCUGGCAA